AUGACCUACAUAUAUGUCAGGUUUCACGGAAUCACCUGCGACGCCUGCGAUCAGAGAAACAUUCCUGGAAUUCGCUGGAAGUGCGACGUGUGUGCCGACUACGACCUGUGCUUGGAUUGCUACAUCGACAACAAACACGCCACCCACGCCUUCUUGCGCUACGACAGGCCUAAUGGCCGAAGCAUAACGGUGCCCCCGAGACAUUUACCGAGCGACGUGGAAGCCGGAGCUAUGCCACAUGACGAUAUCGUCUGCGACGUCUGUCGCGAGGAUGGAAUUUUCGGCACGCGCUGGAAAUGCCUGUUGUGCUACGACUACGACCUAUGUAGUUCCUGCUACGCGGGAGGCAAGCACAACAAAGAACACGCCUUCCUCAAGCUCAACAAGCCCGGCGGCGUUGCAACGAGAGUGCCUCCUAGGAAGACAACGGCCAGGUCACAACUAAGCUAUUUCACACCCGGAGACGUGACAUUCGACGGAAUAUGCUGCGAUUCUUGCGGACGUGAAGACAUGGUGGGACCACAGUGGAAAUGCGACGUGUGCGCCAACUACGACCUUUGCACCUUUUGCUACCUGGCCAAUGAACACAAUCUCGACCAUGCCUUUGUGCGCUUGGACAAGCCCCGUACCAGAGGGAUAAGGGUAUCCCCAAGGCAACAGUCAACCGCAGCUGAGGUGAAGACCGAGUCUCACAGCGAGAAGGCGAGCAUUAAGGGAACCCGGUGGAAGUGCGACGUGUGCCCCGACUACAACCUUUGCACUGACUGCUACACGUCUGACAAGCACAGGCUUGAUCACGGCUUUGUGCUUUAUGACAGUCCUCGUGGUACAGGAAUCAAGGUGUCCCCGAGGCAACAAUCCGCAGAAGCGAGUUAUGCAGCCGUCUGUCACAUAGGAGUCACCUGUGACGCCUGCGGUGAGCGUGGAAUCUUUGGGACCCGCUGGAAGUGCCAACUGUGCAGCGACAACGACCUCUGCACUGCCUGCUACAAAGAAGGAAGACACAGCCAAGAACAUGCCUUCCUGCGCAUCCCGAGGCCCGGCGAUACAGCAGUAAGUGUGCCACCCAGGAAGCCGUUUACAAAAACACAGCCUAAGCACUCGGAUUUCGUGGAUUUCCGGAACCAUCCGCAGAGGAAGAAAGAAGCACCAACGAGAACUGAAGUGCAUCAUGCUGCUCGGACGGAGCAGGAGAGAGAGCUACGCCAAAUCAAGGAAUCCUUAAAUUGCAGUAUUUGCUUGGAGCGCAGGCGAAACGUGGCAUUCCUGUGCGGCCACAGCGCAUGCGCCCACUGUGCCGAGUAUCUAAGUGUUUGUCACAUGUGCCGUGUUCCCAUAGAGAGAAAAAUCACACUCUACUAGAUAAAACUAUCUCGAUA